GGGCAAUUACUACUUCCCUCCUUCCCCCACUUUUUCUCUCUCCUCUUAAAGCUGAAGAGAACUUCAUGGCUCUUUAAAAGGCAGAUUCUGGACGUAAACCAGCCAACGAGUCUAAACUUUUACCCUGUUAUUUCUGUCUAGACUGAAGACAUCACUCUGUCUGACUGUUAUUAGAGAGGAGCUUUGGAGAGACUCCUGAGAGCAAAGCCACAUACAAACAGUGGGAGAGAAAAUUAAGUUAGCUUUCACACGGAUUUAUUCUGUCAAUGUUCAAAAAGAAAAAAAGAUAAAGCUAGAUGAAAUUUUGAAGAGGAUUCUUUCAGUGCAGCAAAAGUUGAUCUUCAAGUCUCUCAAGUCACAACUACAGCAACCAGAAUGGAGCUUCAGAAGAUGCAGAAUGGACACAGCAGGGAGGAUGGGUUUGAUGGAGUGGAUGCCUUGGCUGAACAUGAGGAGUUUCUACCACAUAAAACUGGUGUCAAGAAAGAAAGUCACUUUACAGACUUUGUAGGAAAGACUUCAUUUGGCAUGUCCAUCUUUAACCUCAGUAACGCCAUAAUGGGCAGUGGAAUUCUGGGAUUGGCUUACGGGAUGUCCAACACUGGAAUCAUUCUUUUUACAAUCCUGUUGGUGUCCAUUGCCAUUCUGUCUGCAUAUUCAAUUCACCUCCUGCUGAAAUGUGCUGAAGUUGUUGGCAUCCGGGCUUAUGAGCAGCUCGGGAAUCGAGCUUUUGGUCACCCAGGAAAAAUGCUGGCCGCAUGUGUCAUUACAAUACAUAACAUUGGAGCAAUGUCCAGCUACCUCUUCAUCGUCAAAUCUGAGCUCCCACUGGUUAUUCAAGCUUUUCUUGGUAAACAGGAAAACACAGGAGAGUGGUUCUUGAAUGGAAACUACUUGAUCAUCAUUGUUAGCGCACUCAUCAUCCUUCCUCUAGCACUCAUGAAACAACUUGGUUACUUGGGCUAUACAAGUGGCUUCUCCCUCUCCUGCAUGGUGUUUUUCCUAAUCUCGGUUAUAUACAAGAAAUUCAACAUCCCCUGCCCGCUGCCUGACAGAUAUGAUAACAAAUCUUUAAUUAAUGGGACUGACGACUUCUGUGAGCCAAAAAUGUUCACCAUCAACUCACAGACAGCGUACACCAUCCCAAUUCUCGCCUUCGCUUUUGUCUGCCACCCCGAGGUGCUGCCCAUCUACACUGAGCUACGAGAUGCCACCAAGAAACGUAUGCAGAGAGUUGCCAACGUCUCCAUCCUGGCCAUGUUUGUUAUGUACCUGCUAACAGCUAUUUUUGGUUACCUCACCUUUUAUGGUAAUGUGCAGUCAGAGCUGUUACACACCUACAGUCGAGUGGACCCCCUGGAUGUCCUGAUUCUCUUAGUGCGUCUGGCUGUGCUGGUGGCCGUCACGCUGACUGUCCCUGUGGUUCUUUUCCCGAUCCGCAGGGCUUUGCUCCAGAUCUUGUUCCCGGACAAGGCUUUCAGCUGGGUCAUACACAUCAGCAUUGCAUUUUGUCUCCUCUUCUUGGUGAACCUGCUCGUUAUCUUUGUGCCCUCCAUCCGCGACAUCUUUGGCCUCAUUGGAGCCACAUCUGCCCCCAGCCUCAUCUUCAUCCUUCCUGGCAUUUUCUACGUCCGAAUUAUUCCUGAAGACCAGGAGCCUUUACUGUCCAGAUCCAAGAUUCAGGCCGCAUGCUUUGCUGCACUGGGAUUCAUCUUCAUGAUCAUGAGUUUGUCAUUUAUCAUCAUUGACUGGGCAACUGGAGAGUCUAGAAGUGGAGGCGGGCACUAGCGGCCACAACUGAACAGAGAAGCUACGAACAGAAUGCCAACCAAAGCUCUCCCUGACAUUAAAUUACCCCUGAUCUGCAGAGCUCUCAUCCAAAGCCAAACAGGACAGUUUGGCUGCAGAAGAUGAAGGACGUGUGAAGAAUCUUCGCCUACAACAAUAAAAAAAGAAACCGCUUUGUAAUGUCAUGGGGCAGACAAAAGGCCCUGUAAUGGAGGAGAGAACACAUACGCGUGAGAAUAAUGUGAUUGGACUGAAUAAAACUUCUGUCACAGCCCGCAGAUGUUGUUUGGAGGCAUGCGUAGAAAUGCAAAAGAAAUGAAUGGGAACAGCAUGACUCAAAUGGAAAUCCCAUUUUAGAGUAUGGAUGUGUACAGUUCCGUGGAAUAGCUCAGUCACUGCCAAAAAUCAUUCCAAUCUACUUCCCUACUAUCUCAGAUUUUACAGGACAGAAAUUUGAUAGUGUCGAAAGGCAAUCACUUCCCCAGGAGUUUCCUUUUUAUAACAUAAAAAUGCAUUUCAGUUUGUUUAUUCAUCAGUUGCUAUUUCAUGACACAUUUAGGACUGUCAAAUUGUUGUCCAAAUUUCCCUGAACUUCGAAGACUCAGCUAAAUAUGACCAGCAAGGUUUAGUCUGCGGUUCCACACUAACUAUUCCAAUGCACCAAAAGACAAUUUUCAUUCCUUCCGUCCUUACUUAAGUUUUACAUGGAAUUCAAUUAAUAAAGUGACAUUUUUUUUAAAUCUAUUCUUACACUUGACUAUUGUAAACAUGAUUUAUAGCUGAGUCUGAGGUGACCUUUUAUAAAUUAUCCAACAGAUUCUGUGCAAUUUGUGGUGUUCAGCUGCUAUGAAUGAAGGUCAAACAGAGUUACUGACAACAAAAUGAGUCAACAGACACAGCAAUAUGGUUUGUACAAUUCUUUUUAUCAAUGUUUUUAUGUGUUACUGAAAAAUCCCUAGUUGCAAACCAAAUACUUGAAUAUUACUUUGUCAUAUUAGAAUAGCGUGUAACACACUUCUUUCUUCUUUUUUUGUAUUACCAUGUUCGGCAAAGGCCAAUUUAAUAACAAUCAAAAUUGUACAUUUAAUAAUUCAGUGUUAAAAAUGCUGUGUCUGUUUUAGCAGUCCCAGGAACUGUUCAGUAUGGCGAAUAAUGUUUUUAAGAUAAUAUGAAUAAAGCCUCUUAUAUUUGUCUUUAAAA